AACUUCUGCUACCUACAACUACGACUCCAUGAAUUGAAAGUAUACAUCGUAAGUUGUAACUAGGAGGAGGAGAAAAAAAAAGAAGAAGAAAUGAAUCGCAAUUCGCAGCUGCCCGGUGCAUGCGGCUUGUUGAAUCAUCUUCUGUUACGGGUUAUGUUGUUGGCGGGUUGAUGCUUGAUUGAUUGCUAUUGAUUUUGAGCUGCAACAGAGGCACAGAGCCUUACUACACGAAUCACUAUUAUCAUUUCAAACACCCGCCAAAUGUUCGACAAAAGUCUUCUAAGAAGCAAUCCAUUCAUUCCAGCUACUUAACCCCAAUUCCGUACCUAAAUGAACCUCCAAUACAACGCAAACAUUAUGGUUAUAUGUUCAUGCUGAACAUGAAGGAGUAAAAUGUAGUAAGGGGGAAAUUUUAAGGGCAAAGGGCGGCAUUCUCUCCUAUGUUGUCGAUCUUUUCUCUAAGGUGAAAAGCCUCCCUUUAUUGUUUUCAAAACAAGCUCAAAAGGAGCAAACCCAUUGAUAAGUAUUCAAACUGGAGAGAGUGUCAUGGCCUUCCUAAUCGUUAAAGGCUUUGGAUGUCUAUUGAUUCGGCCAGUUCUUGAAAUUUCAAGAAUACCCAUAUAGAAACAUGAUAAAAAGACGAAAGCUUUUGAUUAACAUCCAUGGAAAGUUACAGUUUUUCUGCAAGAACUCUAAUUUUACAUUCUGUUCUUGUGCCUUUGGUGACAAAUGUGCGAGUAAUAAUUUUAAUGGUAAUGGAUCAGAAACAGAGAAUGAAUGGGAGAAUUUGCUUAAGCCUUAUGACCUCAAACAACUCCGGAAAUCACUUAACAAGAUUAGCCCUUAUCAGCUUAAUAAGUUACUGGCACUCCCUCUGGAUGUACCAACGUCAAUGGAGCUAUUUGAAAGGGCUGGCAAGCAGACAGGGUAUUCCCACACAUAUGAUGUGUACUAUACUUUGAUUGAUAAGCUGGGGGUUGCAAAGGAUUUUAAGGUUAUAGAUAGGCUGUUAUUGCAGAUGAAAGAAGAAGGCGUAGUUUUCAGAGAGUCCCUUUUUAUAAUGAUUAUGAGGCAUUAUGGAAGAGCUGGUUUCCCCGGGCAGUCAACCAGGCUACUUUUGGAUAUGAGGAGUACAUUCUCUUGCCAGCCGACUUUUACUUCAUACAAUGUUGUGAUAGAUAUUCUGGUGGUUGGCAAUUGUCCUAAGGUAGCUCAAAAUGUUUUUUAUGAGAUGCUGAACAAGGGUAUCUCUCCAACUGUGCACACUUUUGCUAGAGUGAUACAAUCAUUUUGCAUGGUCAACGAGGUGGAUACUGCAUGCUCACUUCUAAGGGAUAUGAUGAAGCAUGGGUGUGUUCCGAAUUCAGUAAUUUACCAAAUGCUGAUACAUUCACUUUCACAUGCUAAUAGGGUGAAUGAAGGACUGCAACUAUUGGAGGAGAUGUUUCUUAUGGGUUGCAUUCCAGAUGUUAAUACUUUCAAUGAUGUUAUACAUGGGCUUUGCCAUGCUGAUCGAAUUCAUGAGGCUGCUAAGUUGGUUGAUCGGAUGAUUGCUCGGGGCUUCGCCCCAGAUGCUAUAACUUAUGGAGUCUUAAUGCAUGCUUUAUGUCGGUGUGGAAAGGUUGAUGAAGCAAGGACUCUUCUAAAUAAAGUGCCUGAUCCAAACAAUGUCCUAUUUAAUACUUUGAUCAAUGGUUAUGUGAUUAAUGGGCAGUUGGAUGAAGCUAAAGCUCUUCUUAGUAAGAGCAUGUUGCCUAUUGGCUGUAAGCCAGAUGUUUAUACAUAUAAUAUUCUGAUUCGAGGCCAUUGCAAGAAUGGAGAUUUGUCUUCUGCUCUUGAAGCUCUGAAGGAAAUGUCUAUUAGUGCUUCUAAGCCCAAUGUGGUAACAUAUACCAUUUUAAUUGAUGGGUUCUGUAAACAAGGGAAGCUAAAGGAAGCCUACAAGGUCAUCAAUGAGAUGUCUGCAAAUAGUCUCAGCCUGAAUACUGUGGGUUAUAACUGCCUUAUAUCAGCUUUCUGCAAGGAAGGGAAUAUCCAAGAAGCAUUUGAAAUUUUAAGUGAUAUGCGGAGUAAAGGUUGCAAACCUGACAUUUUUACUUAUAAUGCAUUGAUUCUUGGGUUAUGCAAAAUUGAUAAGAUGGAUGAAGCACUAGGGAUGUACCGAGAAAUAUUUGAGGAGGGAGUCAUUGCCAAUACAGUAACCUUCAAUACAUUGAUUCAUUCUUUCUUGAGAAAAGGUGCAACCCAAAAUGCACUUAAGCUAGUGAAUGAUAUGCUCUUCAGAGGAUGUGCCCUUGAUGAAAUCACAUAUAAUGGCCUAAUCAAAGCACUUUGCAGAGAUGGAGAAGUUGAGAAAGCAUUAGCUCUUUUUGAAGAAAUGCUGAGUAAGGGCUUUCAACCUAAUAGCAUAUCCUGUAAUAUUUUGAUUAAUGGCUAUUGCAGAGUUGGAAAGGUACAAAAUGCAAUGGAGUUUCUGAGAGAGAUGGUACACCGAGGAUUGACACCUGAUAUAGUUACCUAUAACAGUUUGUUAAAUGGCCUAUGUAAGAUGGGGAAAGUUCGAGAAGCUCAGAACCUCUUUGAAAAAUUACAAUUUGAAGGAGUUUCCCCUGAUGCUGUCUCUUACAAUACCUUAAUUUCUACAUUUUGUAAAAUGGGCAUGCUUGAUGAUGCUUAUAUGUUAUUGGUCAGAGGCAUAUCAAAUGGUUUCAUUCCCAAUGACAUAACAUGGCAUGUACUCGUGAAUAAUUUUGUUGUUGAAGGAUUAUAUUUCAGUAGAUCGAUAAGUUGAAAGAGUUAUUGGACGAGCAGCUACUCGGUACUCUUCAGUUCACUAAAUGUGAGCAAGAAUUGUUUUAUUCAUUUUAAACUUGGUGCCAGUAUGUUUCUGAUCUCUGAUUGCAUACUGGAACUUGCUGCCUUUCCUGACAUUUGGUUUUGAUAUCUGUUGGGUUUGCCAAGACUGAUAUGUCAUUAAAUAUCACAAUUAGUUGAGCUA